AUGGAGCGGGCAGCGCGGACACGGCGCCGUCCGGGCAGGCCUGGAGGGCUGCUGUGGAGGGGAAAGCUGAGGGUGGUUAAAGGCUCGAGGCUUUGCAAGAGAUCGCAGAAGACGCAAUGGUUCUCCCUCGCAUCCUACAGCCCCAACGUGGAGUGCAAGAGCAUGCGCUUUGCGAUGAUGAAGGAGCACCGGGCGGUGACGGGAGACAUCACUGCGUUUGAUGGCUCUAUUCUGUACCUGCCCAUCCUGCUCCCUCAGCCAGUUGAUCUGAAGUCUCAGAGGAGGACGGAUGGGGAGGAGAUCAGCAUAACCGUUCAGAUGACCAAGGUCCUGGAGCCCAGUUCGGACCUGUGCCUCCCAUUUUACAAUGUGGUUUUCAGGAGAGUGAUGAGAAUUUUAGAUAUGAAACUUGUUGGGAGAAAUUUUUUCGACCCUACCAGGGCUGCCGUGCUGCAGCAUUACAGGCUGCAGGUUUGGCCAGGGUACUCCGUCAGCAUCCGGAAGAGGGACGGAGGACUCUUCCUCUCGGUAGAUGUUAUCCACAAAGUCAUCCGGAGUGACUCUGUCCUGAAUUUCAUGCACGCGAUCUACCAGCAGAACAUAAGCAGCUUCCAGGAUGAAUGCACCAAGCAGCUGGUCGGCAGCGUGGUCAUCACCCGCUACAACAACCACACGUACCAGAUCGACGAUAUCGACUGGAGCAAGACCCCCAAGGAUAGCUUCACCCUGGCCAGUGGCGAGGAGAUCACCUUUGUGGACUACUACAGCAAAACCUAUGGGAUCACGGUCCGAGAGCUGGACCAGCCGCUGCUGAUUCACAGGCCCAAGGAGAGGCUGACGCCGGAGGGGAAGCAUCAGCUCAACAUGAUACUGCUCGUGCCAGAGCUCUCUUUUAUGACCGGGAUUCCUGAGAAGAUGAGGAAGGACAAUCGAGCGAUGAAGGAUCUGAUGUACGAGAUGUCGCACAGCCCCAAGCAGCACUACACGCGCCUGAGCAGCCUCCUGCACAGGAUCGAGGAGAACCCGGACGCCUCGCAGGAGCUGAUGCGCUGGGGCCUCCGCCUGGACAAGGACAUCUGCAGGACCCAGGGCCGAAUCCUGCCCAUGGAAAGGAUCAACUUGAGGCACAGCACCUUUUCACCCUCCGAAGACCUGAACUGGAACAAAGAAGUGAUACGGGAAGUCUGCAUCUCCACGAUUGCCAUGAAUUACUGGGUGCUGGUUUACCCGAAGCGUGUGCAGGACCUAGCAAAAGAGCUGGUGAGCACGAUGGAGAAGGUGUGCGGCCCGAUUGGCAUGCAGGUGAACUCGCCUGCCUGGGUGGAGCUGAAGGACGACCGGAUCGAGACCUACGCCAAGACUAUCAGAUGCGUACUGGCUAGCGAGCAAAAGGUGCAGAUGGUGCUCUGCAUUACCACUGGUAACAGGGAGGACUUGUACGGAGCCAUCAAGAAGCUGUGCUGUGUGCAGUCCCCAGUGCCGUCGCAGGUCAUCAACGCACAGACCCUCAUGGGCCAGGCCAGCAAGAUGAGGAGCGUAGCCCAGAAGGUCCUACUGCAGAUGAACUGCAAGCUGGGCGGGGAGCUCUGGGGAAUCGACAUCCCCUUGAAACAUCUGAUGGUCAUCGGCAUGGACGUGUACCACAACCACAGCAGGGCAACGCGCUCCGUGAUCGGCUUCGUCGCCAGCACAAAUCAGAUCCUCACAAAGUGGUACUCGAGGGUCGUGUUCCAGAUGCCGCACCAGGAGAUCGCCGACAGCCUGCGGCUCUGCCUGGCCGAUGCCCUGCAGCGCUUCCACGAGAUGAAUCACUGCUUGCCCAGGAAGAUAGUGAUUUACAGAGACGGCGUGUCCGACACCCAGCUCGACACGGUAGUGAAGUACGAGAUCCCGCAGCUGCAGAAGUGCUUCGAAACCUUCGAAAACUACAAGCCCAGCAUGGUGGUCAUCGUGGUGCAGAAGCAAAUCGGCACCAACUUCUACUCGACCAUGGCGGAGAAUUUAGUGUCCCCUCCACCGGGGACGGUCAUCGACCACACGGUCACCAGCUCGGAGUGGGAGGAUUUCUUUUUGUUGGCCCAUUGCUCCCGCCAGGGCUGCAGCCUCCCCACGCGCUACAUCUGUGUGCUGAACACGGCCAACCUGAGCUCCGAGCACCUGCAGAGGAGAGCUGCUGCGGGCGCAGGAGCGGCUCGGGCAGUGCCUGUGCGCUUGCUGCAGUCGGGCACCGUCAGCGCCCAGGCAGAACCCGAGAUUUAA